UUACAAUGACGACGUGACUAACUUGUUAAAGUUAUCGCACUGUUGAUUGUGUUGUUAGUUGUAUUGAUUCUCGUAAUCAAAAUAUAUACCUUAAAAGGUUUAAUGGUGUCUAUUAGUGCCCCAUGUUCAAAUGCACAACAAAGACAUGGCCUACUGGAAACUGUUUUUGUUAACAGUCUUCUUUGUUUACAAUCUCCAACAAGUUGACAGUGACAAUCAAAGUGGACGUCCUUUUGAGGAAGAUCCCAUUGACACCCCCAAUGAAGUUUUAGGUUCAAAAUUCAUAAGGGAUGAUUUGUUGGUACUCGUAUCGACAUUGGAAGGGAACCUUAUUGCAAUAAACAAGAGAACUGGGAAAGUGAAGUGGAAGUUAGAGGAUGAACCUGUCAUCAAACUGUCUAAAGAAUUAUCAAAAACAUUCAAUUUAUUACCUGAUCCCAAAGAUGGUUCUCUUUAUAUGUUGGGCAACAGUGGUGCUGAAGCCUUAACCAAAUUACCCUUUACCAUUCCAGAACUAGUUUCAGCGAGUCCCUCUCAGAGUAGUGAUGGGAUGCUUUACAUGGGGAAAAAAUUAGAUAUGUGGUUUGUAAUUGAUCCCCUUACUGGAGAAAAGCAGGAAGUCUUGAGUUUUCAAGGGUUAGAAACUGCCUGCCCUCGUAACAAACCUUUGGGACCAUCCAUUUUUAUUGGGAGGACAGAAUAUUCCUUGAUUCUUUUGGACAGUAGGACUAGAGAGAGACACUGGAAUGUUACAUACUUUGAUUAUACAUCCUCAACGCUUGGGCAGCAAGAUCCUCAAGAAUAUGAUCUGGCUCACUUUACUACCAGUUCAACAGGAAAAAUUUUAACUUUAGAUAGGCAUUCUGGGGACUUGCUUUGGCAAAAUGAUUUUAAUAGUCCGGUUGUGGGAAUGUAUGGUUUGAUUCAUGACAUUUCAAAUCCUUAUGAUAGUAUUGGUCUUAUGCCAAUACCCUUUACCAGUCUCUCAACCGACACCUUACAAAAUCUUGCAUCGAAACUCACCGAGCCCUCAGAACAAGAACGAAGAAUUACGGGUGAUACGAAACUAUUCCAGGCCUUGUAUAUUGGGCAAUACAAACAUGGUCUCUAUGCGUUUCCGUCACUGGUUGACGACCGGACCACGUUUGUUGCAUCACAAACGGGACGGCUGCUGAUAGAGGGUCCAGAUCGAUCAACUGAAACGAGUGACUCUUCAGCAGACAGCUCAUCCACCACCAAAAGUCCGAUAAGCGUCAACCUUCGGCUGCCAUCAGAUAUGAAAAUUGGAUGGACAGAUCACAGCAACACCUUCAAUAGCGCCAAACCUCCUAUCACACUUUUCGGAAAUCACAAAGUUCCUGAAUCUGGACGAUUCAAUCCUGCAUUUCAGAUUUCUGAUGAAGCUCGUGAGAAAACCGAAUCUCAAAUGAUUGAUGAAGAUGUGAUUAAUGUAGAAGAAAAGACUUCCCCCGGCUUCUUGGGAGUUAAUGUUUCGUACACCCUCGCAGUAACCGCGGUUAUUCUACUUCUAUUCACGAUUUAUCAAAGAGGAUUUAAAGGAGGUGUAUGGCAGUCACUCGAUAAAGAAAGCCAGCAAGACGAGUCACUUAGGUCAAAUAGAGAACACAUUCAAUAUUCGACUGCAGUUGAACUCAAAAAUGGCUUUGUUCAAGUCGGGAAAAUGUUAUUCAACCCUUCAGAAAUCUUGGGGAAAGGUUGUGAUGGCACAUUUGUUUAUAAGGGGCUCUACGACAGACGUGACGUGGCAGUCAAACGAUUAUUGCCCGACUGUUUUAUGGUGGCAGAUCGCGAGGUUGCACUACUUCGCGAAUCAGACGCACAUCCCAACGUUAUUCGCUAUUUUUGCACAGAGCAGGACCGCCAGUUCAAGUACAUUGCACUGGAGCUGUGUGCAGCUACGUUGCAGGAUUACGUGGAAGGGCGCUAUGCUUCCAUACCAAUUGAUGGGGUUACCAUCCUUCGGCACGCCACUGCCGGGCUGGCCCACUUACACUCUCUAGAUAUUGUGCACCGAGAUGUGAAGCCCCCAAACGUGCUGAUUUCUACACCAAAUGCCAAAGGAGAAAUUCGAGCCAUGAUUUCUGAUUUUGGAUUGUGCAAAAAACUAAAAAUUGGUCGAAUGUCUUUUUCCCGACGUUCUGGCGUUGCUGGCACUGAAGGAUGGAUUGCGCCAGAAAUGAUGACGGAAGAGGGUGCUAAACGAACUACCUGUGCCGUUGAUAUUUUCUCUUUGGGUCUAGUCUAUUUCUACGUUUUGUCCAAAGGUCUGCACCCGUUUGGUGAUGUGCUGCGACGUCAAGCAAAUAUCCUCAGCGGCGAUUAUGAUCUGACUGUUCUUCUCUUCAACGUUUCGGCGCAUACGCUUAUUGAAAAGAUGCUCAGCGUUGACCCGUUGGAACGGCCGCCAGCUCGUGCAAUUCUCAAACACCCAAUUUUCUGGGCAAAAGAGAAAGUUUUGGCUUUUUUCCAGGAUGUGUCCGAUCGUGUGGAGAAGGACUCGACGGAGAGUGCCGUUUUGCAGAGCUUAGAACGGGCAGCCCAUGACGUAGUUCGAGGAAGUUGGAGAACCCAUUUAGAGGAUGUCGUAAUGGAAGAUCUUAGGAGACAUCGCACUUAUCAAGGGAGAUCAGUGCGAGAUCUUUUGCGAGCUUUGCGUAAUAAGAAAAACCACUAUCGUGAAGUAUCUGAAGAAGUCAGAAAAGUUAUGGGCCGGAAUCCAGAAGAAUAUUGCGAUUAUUGGACGAGUCGAUUUCCUAAACUUCUUAUGCAUUCUUGGUACUCGAUGCACUGCGUGAAAAAUGAACACAUUUUCUCUCGCUAUUACGACAAACAAUACGAUUUCAUUCAGAAAUACAUCGUAUGGCCAACUCCGAAGCCGAAAACGGAUUUCCACCGGGCCCUGGAAACCGCUUUCCCCGUAUACGAUCCAUUGUUUCCUAAACUGAAGCUGCUAGAACCUCAAAAAGUUACUGCCGUCAAGUCCGAAGAAGAAGAAAACGUGCCUGAAAGUUGGGAUAUGUUAGCAGAGGAGUCCAAUCCAACUGAAGUAGAAACACCGUGCAAAGAGAAAAACGACAGUGAAGAAGGUUUAGAAGAAGCUCAAAAUUUAACUGUCAGUGCUGACCCACUGUCGCCCAAUCCAGCAGUGUCAACGGGCUUGGUAGAGGCUGCUGAAUUGCCUUUACAAGAAAACAGCAACGAUGAUCAUAUCGUGUUGGGGCCGGGUGGACAAUGGGGUUUACAAAAUGAUCGCUCAACUAAUUCUGUGCGUGUAAGAGAGAACGAAGCCUUUGGACCCAGAGUCGCCGCUUGGAGCUUACCGACCUUAAGUCAACAAUGGGAGUUUAGCGAAAUUACUCACCAUGGCAGGAAAAAGCAAAAGUCACUUCAUCGAAGGAAGAAUAAGAAAGCAAGCGACUAAAAAACUGUUUGACCAACACAUUUUUACUACUCUUGCCAGUCAUGACGGGCGACGCUUCUGCGAUCGAAUGUGCCGCAUACUUCUCUCUUUUUUUUUAAAUUUUCUCUGGGGAAAUUGAUUUUCUUGGAAUUCUAGGGUAAAUAUUUGGGUUGUAUACUGCAUUCAUCACCGCCUCUAAAAUCUUUUAAAUGAAGAAUUCUCAAAAAGUGUUGAAUGUCGGUAUCAAGAAAUCCUGUUUAAAAUACAUAAUUAUGUUCUCAUAAACGAAACCUUAGAGCUUGUAAAAUUUUUGAUCAUUUUAUGAAAUAUAAGAAAGCGGGCAAACAUCUUACGUUAUCCCAUUUGUUAGCUUCCGUAUUUGUAAUGUUAAUGCCCUUCUGAAAUGUUCCAGACACAGAUUAGAAAUUUAUUUUAUUUUGGGGGCAAAUUAUGUGGUUAAAAAUAAACGCGUAACUUUUCGUGCAUCACAA